CACUCUUCCCACAAUACAGUCUGCACCUCUUCUACUCUCUCUCUCUCUCUCUCUCUCUACAAUCACAAAACACACACACACUCUCUCUCACACAAAAUGUUGGAACUCAGGCUAGUGCAGGGAAGCCUGUUAAAAAAAGUGAUGGAAUCCAUAAAGGAUCUAGUGAACGACGCAAACUUCGACUGUUCAGCGACCGGAUUCUCACUGCAAGCCAUGGAUUCAAGCCACGUGGCACUGGUAUCACUUCUUCUCAGAUCUGAGGGUUUCGAGCACUACCGGUGCGAUCGUAACCUCUCGAUGGGGAUGAAUCUCGGUAACAUGGCUAAAAUGCUCCGGUGUGCCGGAAAUGAUGACAUUGUUACUAUUAAGGCUGAUGACGGCGGCGAUUGCGUCACUUUCAUGUUUGAAAGCCCUAAUCAAGACAAGAUUGCUGAUUUUGAGAUGAAGCUGAUGGACAUUGACAGUGAGCAUUUAGGGAUUCCAGAGGCAGAAUAUGAAGCCAUUGUGAGAAUGCCAUCAUCUGAGUUUGCAAGAAUCUGCAAAGAUCUUAGCUCUAUUGGGGACACUGUUGUGAUUUCUGUUACAAAGGAAGGCGUAAAGUUUUCGACCAAAGGUGACAUUGGUACUGCAAACAUUGUGUGCAGACAAAACACUUCUGUUGACAAGCCAGAAGAAGCUACAAUAAUCGAAAUGCAGACACCGGUUUCUCUAACAUUUGCACUGAGGUACAUGAACUCGUUCACAAAGGCGACCCCGCUAGCGAGCCAAGUGACGGUUAGCUUGUCUUCCGAACUGCCGAUUGUGGUGGAAUACAAGAUUGCCGAAAUGGGUUACCUGAGGUUUUACUUGGCUCCAAAGAUAGAAGAGGAUGAGGAGAUGGGUGGUCAGCAACCGGAGCCUGUGGAGACCAAGAAACAACCAGAAAAGAAGCCCAAAACUGAGCCCAAAUCCAACGGGGAACCCAAACGUCGGGUCAUGAAGAUCGACCUUGAUGAUGAAGAAGAGGAACUGAAGCCUAAGGUUGAAGCUAAAAGCGAUGCUGAUGGUUAUGUUGAAGUUAUCGGUUCUAAGCCGGGGAAUGGGAUUGUGAAACCGAAGGAAGAGAUUAACGGUGGAGAUGAGGUUAUGGACGUGAAGCCUAAGAUUGAGAAUGGCACAAAUGGUGAAGUGCAAGUGAUGGAUGAAGAGUAGAGAUUGUUUUUGUGUUUGUUUAUAAUCUAAGAUGAUGAUGGGGUUAAUUUUCUUGUGCUAGUAGUGAAAGCAUAUUUGUAAACCUCCUACUCUAGCAGUGGAUUUCAUUAAACUUAAUCCUAGUUUUGGUUGAAUCA